CAAUUCCUCCGCAAAUGAUCAGCAAACAACGCAUGUCGUAGCGGUAAAAAAUACUACGUUGCUAUUAUCUCUCCGAGACAAACACAUCACCCGAUGCACUGCAUCAAUCGAUAGUAGUCACCGUCUUCCGAAAGCGGUUAGUUCCAAACGAUUCACCGAUCACAGCGGGCGUACAUUUUUGCUCAUCGCAAGUGAUUUCCAUUCUCCUACAAUGGCACCAAAGGUUCCAACAGUUCGCCUUAACAAUGGCCUUGAGAUGCCCGUACUGGGGCUUGGCACGUACAUGGCGACGGAGGAAGAAGGGGUGGCCGCUGUAAAGAUGGCAAUAGACGAGGGCUAUCGCCAUAUCGAUACGGCAUUCUUCUAUCAAAAUGAAAACCAAGUCGGUCAGGCAGUUCGUGCAAAAAUCGCGGAAGGAAUCAUCAAGCGCGAGGAUGUGUUCAUCGUUACCAAGGUAUGGAACACCUUUCAUGCACCGGAACAUGUGGAACAAGCGUGCCAAAAAUCGCUCGACAACCUCGGACUGGAUUACAUCGAUCUGUACCUAGUCCAUUGGCCAACCGGAUGGAAGUUCUCGGGCUGGACUGCGAACGAUCUGUUGCCGAUGGAUGCAAACGGCAAAACGAUCGAUUCCGAUGUCGAUUAUCUCGAUACGUGGAAAGCGAUGGAAAAGUUGGCCAAGUCGGGCAAGGUGAAGAGCAUCGGUGUAUCGAAUUUCAACAGCGAGCAAAUGACGCGUCUGCUGGCCAACUGUGAGAUCAAACCGGUAACCAAUCAGGUCGAGUGCAAUCCUGGCAUUAACCAGCGCAAGUUGAUCGAAUUCUGCCGUAAGCAUGACAUCGUCAUCACGGCAUACAGUCCACUGGGAAGACCGAACUUGACCGAUCCGGUGGUGGGCACCGACAACAUACCGAAGCACGCGCUGGAUGAUCCGCGGGUCGUGGCGAUUGGGAAGAAGUAUGGCAAAAGCCCUGGUCAGGUUGUGUUACGCUAUUUGAUCGAGCUCGGUACGCUACCGAUUCCAAAAUCGUCCAAGCAGGAACGCAUCAGACAAAACAUUGACAUCUUUGACUUUAAGCUGACCGAGGCGGAGAUAAAGGUGAUGGAUGAGUUCAACACUGGCGGCCGUACCGUUCCGUUUAAUUUCAGCAGCGAACACAAGUACUUCCCGUUCAAGCUGGAGUACUAAGCGUAAGCCGGAACGGAAUGGAACGCGACUAUGAAUUGUUUGCUCCCUCGAUGGUGGACAUUUGUCUACCUGUUUGUUGUACCCUCUUCCUUCGGUGUUUCCCUCCUCGUAAUACUGCACCCAUCAAUUCGGAUCCGGAGGUCACCGUGAAUAGUAUUCACGUAAAUCGUUUGCAAAUAAAUCUGUGUAUGUGUGCCAUGCGAUGAAGCGUAAAGAUAA